ACACCAAAAAAAAAAAAAACCGUCAAUGCGCGAGGAAAUCUUUUUAUAGCAAUCCAAAUGAAGAAAAAAGUCUAACUUUUUAAAUUUAAUCAAUACGAACAGUUAUGAGUGAAGAAAAGAGUGUUGAAGAGUACAGAUUGAAUGCUGACGAAGAGCUUCGGUUUGAGGUGGAGGCUAAUGCCUCAGUACAAAUGGAGCUGCUGGAGGGAAUGGCAGAGGUAUUUGGAUCAGAACUGACCAAAGGAAAGAUUUACAACUUCGACCAGGGAGCAAAAGUAGCGGUCUUCACCUGGCAUGGCUGUCUUAUCAAGCUGCAAGGCAGAACAGAGGUAGCAUAUGUUGCCAAGGAAACUCCCAUGGUGAUGUACAUAAAUACCCAUGCUGCACUAGAACAAAUGAGAGAAAAGGCUGAAAGUGAUAAUACCCGAGGACCAAGGGUGAUGAUAGUUGGGCCCACUGAUGUAGGAAAGAGUACGCUGUCUCGCCUCUUGCUGAACUACUCAGCCCGCCUUGGAAGAGCACCGAUAUUUGUUGACCUGGAUGUUGGACAGGGUCAGGUGUCCAUACCUGGAACAGUGGGUGCAGUCGUGGUUGAACGACCUGCUGAUGUGGAGGAAGGGUUCCACCUAAAUGCCCCCUUGGUUUUCCACUAUGGUCAUACAUCCCCCUCCACAAAUCCCCAGCUUUACAAACUCCUGGUAUCAAGGAUGGCAGAGGUCACCAAUAUGAAGUGUGACAAACAGCGCAAAGUCAGUAUUAGUGGAGUGAUCAUUAACACAGGGGGGUGGAUCAAAGGUGGUGGAUAUGAUUCUCUAAAGCAUGCAGCAGGUUCUUUUGAAGUGGAUGUGAUUAUUGUCCUAGACCAAGAAAGAUUGUAUAAUGAACUGAAGCGUGACAUGCCUGACUUUGUCAAGGUCAUACUACUGCCAAAAUCCGGAGGGGUGGUGGAGAGAAACCAGCAUCAAAGAUCCGAGGCCCGAGACGUCAGGAUCCGGGAAUAUUUCUACGGAGUAAAGGUCAAUGGGAAAGACAGCUUCUUCCCCCAUCCUAUGGACAUUCCUUUCAGCUCUGUGAAGCUGUAUAAAAUUGGAGCUCCUGCCCUGCCAGAUGCCUGUCUGCCUCUGGGAAUGAAGGCACAGGACAACAAACUUAAAUUGGUCCCCAUCAGACCAGGAAUCAAUAUUCUACACCAUGUGUUCAGUGUUAGCUCAGCCUCCAGUAUAGAGGAUAAUGUGAUCGAGUCCAACGUCUUAGGCCAUGUUGUCAUAUCAGGGUUGGACACAGAAAAAGAAACCUUCAACAUAUUAUCACCCUCUCAGAACCCUCUUCCCAAUGAUAUCCUGCUGAUUUUAGACUUACAGUUUAUGGAUAUUGAAAUCUAGAAAAAAAAUCUAAGAAUGUUUUUAUAAGUGUUUUACUCAGUUCGUGAUUGGAAGGAUAUUUUAAGGUUUUUGGUUGUUUGAUUUGCUUAUGACAAAAUGAGCAAAGGAUACUACAGUGAUAUCCCUCACUUGAUAAAAACAUGGAGGAAAAUCAGAAAGAAGAGGUGAAAAAAGAAUAAGCAGCUAUGGCUACCAGGAGGAAAAGCAGGCAUGUGGAUUUAACCUAGUAGAGUAUCUGCAGUGAAAAAGUUUUAUACAUGUAACUGAUAAAGUAUUCACAGGACUAAUGAUUAUUGUUUUAACUGGUAAAAUAUGUGCAGUGACAAGUUUUUAACUGAGCAGAUAUCUGAUUUAUAUAAUACUUUAUGUAUUUGUGUUCAUUAUCAAUACAAUUUAUAAAUCACUGA